GGCAGACAUCGGGCUCGUUUUCUUUCGCCGGCCGUGCCACUGUCAGGUGGUUAGUGAGACCCAGCGCGCAGGGUGGACUAGGAAAUACAGUACCGAUUAUUACUCCAGGACCGUCCGAAUGGAAUAUAUAGUUGACCGUUAAAAUGUGAUUCAUACAACUCGAUCAAUUCUGCCAUGAAAACCCCUGUGAAAACCCACCGAAUCAACCAAAAUCUUAUUCGCAUCAUUGAAAAUUUCCGAAAGCUUGAAUGAAAAGGCCCAAAGCAAAAUAAUGCGAGGCAAGCCUUAAAACCCACCGUGGCGGAUAUAUUGGGACCAGUGUACCAUGCUGGUGAUGUGCGGGGGCAGUACGACAUCUGAGGUGGACAAAAGCAUGGGUGCGGACGCACGUUGCAUGCCUGUGCGGUGUGCGGGAUGUGGAGGUGGCAUUUCUGACCGGUACUACUUACUGGCCGUGGAUCGGCAGUGGCAUGCCUCCUGUCUCACGUGUUGUCAGUGCAAAGUGCAAUUGGAUUCAGAGCUCACCUGCUUCUCAAGGGAUGGUCGGAUCUAUUGCAAGGAGGAUUACUACAGAAUGUUCUCCGUCAAACGUUGCACUCGCUGCCAUCUUUCCAUAUCACCCAACGAACUCGUAAUGCGUGCCAGAGAGCAUGUCUACCACCUGCACUGCUUCACCUGUGCGACGUGUAACAAGCCCCUCACCAAGGGUGACUAUUUCGGACUGAGAGAGGACGUCAUCUACUGCAGGACGCAUUACGAGAUGCUACUGCAGUAUGAGAGGCCCUACAUCUGUGCGCAGCAAUGCCUCAAAGAGGAAGAAGUCAACAACAAUGGCAAUGCCGGCAAUGGCUUGCAUAGUGCGUGCGAAAAGCCUGGGCGGUGCCAGGACUUUGGGCAUCUAAUGCCAAACCACCUGCAGCUGCCAUGCGGCAUGGAACUGUUGUCUGGGGAAUUUCAGCCGCCCAGGGUGAAUGGUGGUGAGGAUGACCACCCACUAAGGACUGUUGCAUCGAUUGUCAAGGCACCCGGACAGAAGGGCAGACCCAGGAAGCAGAAGAAUUUUCUGUCAUCGUCCCUUUUGAUAUCUCACAGAGGCCCUUCGGUGUGCAGUUCGGAGGACCCUUGCUCCCUGUCCAGCGAUCACCAGUCCCCUUUGCAGCAUGGCUCAAGUAGCCUGGCAGUGGGUAGCGAUAGUAGUACCUCCAGCGAGCACUUGACACGGCCCAAGCGCAUGCGUACUUCAUUUAAACACCACCAGCUUAGGGCCAUGAAGUCCUACUUCUCCAUCAACCACAACCCCGAUGCCAAAGAUCUCAAGCAGCUCUCACAGAAAACAGGACUUUCUAAAAGGGUCCUGCAGGUUUGGUUCCAAAACGCCCGGGCAAAGUGGCGGCGCAACCUGUUGAGGCAGCAGAGCCAAGGUCCAGAAAUCGCACAAGACUGUAAGCCCCUGUCCGAGUUGGCGUCUCAGCCCCAGUUCUGCGACCCAUUCCGCUUAGGUUCCUCUCUUAUGGACGUCCAGCCGACGCCCAUCACUCAAGAAGAGCAGAACAUUCAGACCUUUACCAACCUACUGUAAAUAGACGAUGCCGACUCUCAAAAUGAGAUUCGGUGAAACUAUGGACGAGUCGAAUUUUCAAUUCAGGUUGUUCAGCUCAACAACGAGCCGGUGGAGAAUCUUAACAUUGAGCUCAAAUUGUGAAUUCACACUGAAGAGUGUGUAAGUGUAGACGCACUGCUCUAACUGAGAAAAAAUUAUUGUGUCAAACGUGAUUUUUAUUCAGUGGCAAUACUUUUUAUAAUUAAUCAUCAAUUGAUAUCCUCAUGCAAUAACGGAAGCUAAAUGUAUUUGUUUUUAAUAAUGACAGGUAAAAGAAGUCUCAACUCUAGUAAGUUAUAAUUGCCCUAAUUUCGAUUCUCAAAGCAGAGAGAUUUAAAUGAAUGA